GAGUGUCUAGGAAUUUAUGGAUGGUUGGCAACACUGGUGGUCAUAUGCAUAGUUAACAGCAGAUACUACUAAACAAGACUGGAUCUGCCUACAAUCUGCAGACCAGCUUACAAAUGUCUCCUACGAGGUUAAAGUGUGGGAUUUUUUGCUCUCUUCCAUAAGCAGCCAUAAGAUGAGCUCCAUUACAGACAGAGAUGAUGGGAGUAAUUUUGAUGGACUUGUGGAAGAGGAUGACAGGGAUAAAGCAAAACGGGUGUCUCGGAACAAGUCUGAGAAGAAGCGUAGAGACCAGUUCAAUGUGCUCAUUAAAGAGCUUGGCUCUAUGCUGCCGGGAAAUGCCCGCAAGAUGGAUAAAUCCACAGUAUUGCAAAAGAGUAUUGAUUUUCUGCGGAAACACAAAGAAAUUAGUGCGCAGUCAGACGCCAGUGAAAUCCGACAGGACUGGAAGCCUGCGUUCCUUAGCAAUGAGGAGUUUACACAGCUCAUGUUGGAAGCCCUGGAUGGAUUUUUCCUGGCAGUUAUGACUGAUGGAAACAUCAUCUAUGUAUCAGAGAGUGUUACACCUUUACUUGAACACUUACCUUCUGAUCUUGUUGAUCAGAGUAUAUUUAAUUUUGUCCCCGAAGGGGAACAUUCAGAAAUCUAUAAAAUCCUGUCCUCGCGCAUGGUGGAAACUUCUUCUUUGGGCUCAGAUUAUCUGAAAACAAAGAAUGAACUUGAAUUCUGCUGCCACAUGUUGCGAGGAACAGUGGACCCAGAAGAACCAGCCACAUAUGAAUUUGUAAAAUGCAUUGGAAACUUCAAGUCCUUAAACAAUGUGUCGAAUUCAACGCAUAAUGGCUUUGAUGGGACGUUACAGAGAUCGCUCAGGCCCACAUACGAGGACCGAAUCUGCUUUGUAGCUACUGUGCGGCUGGCUACACCUCAGUUCAUUAAGGAAAUGUGCACUGUGGAGGAACCUAAUGAGGAGUUCACAUCAAGACACAGCUUGGAAUGGAAGUUCCUCUUCCUAGAUCACAGAGCUCCUCCAAUAAUUGGAUACUUGCCUUUUGAGGUGCUGGGCACUUCAGGCUAUGAUUACUAUCAUGUGGACGACUUGGAGAAUCUUGCAAAAUGUCAUCAACAUUUAAUGCAGUACGGGAAAGGAAAGUCUUGUUACUAUAGGUUCCUGACAAAGGGACAACAGUGGAUUUGGCUGCAGACUCGAUAUUAUAUCACCUACCAUCAGUGGAAUUCCAGACCAGAGUUCAUUGUGUGCACACAUACUGUCGUAAGCUAUGCUGAGGUUGGUUCAGAGAGGAGGCGUGAGCGUGGUAUUGAAGAUUCCCCACCAGUGAUCAUCUCGGAUAAAAAUCAGGACAGUGUCUCAGACCAUCAUAUAAACAAGGACAGUCUGAAGGAUGCCUUGGAAAGGUUUGAUGACAGCAGGACACCAUCUCCUUCAUCCAAGAGUUCCAUCAAAUCCUCUUCUCACACAGCCGUGUCUGAUCCAUCAUCUACACCUACCAAGAUUCCAACAGACACCAGUACGCCUCCACGACAGGCUCUGUCAGGCUUGGAUAAGAGGCGCUCCUCCAUUAGCAGUCAGUCAAUAAGCUCGCAGUCUCUUAACCAGUCAUUAUCACAGCCAGUACAGAAGCAACCACCUCCUGCCAUCCAUCUACAGUCUGGGAUAAGUCAGCCCAUAUUUCAGUUUACAGCACAGUUUGGAGCCAUGAAACAUCUGAAGGAUCAGUUGGAGCAAAGAACGCGUAUCAUAGAGGAGAACAUUCACCGGCAGCAGGAGGAAUUGCGGAAGAUUCAAGAGCAGCUGCAGAUGGUCCAUGGUCAGGGCUUCCAGAUGUUUCUACAGCAGCCCACCCCUGGCUUGAAUUUUGGACCAGUGCAGGUUUCAUCAGGCACCAGCUCCAACAUUCAGCAGCUACCACAGCUAACCAUGCAGGGUCAAGUGAUUCACAAUAACCAGCUGCAGGGGGCUAUGAACACCAGCCACAUGGGAGCUCCGCACAUGCUCCAGCAGCCACCUCUACAAAACACUAGCCAGGGCCAGCAAAACAUACAUGGAGGACAUUCUCAGCAGUCAUCUAUGUCCAGCCAGGCACCACUGUACAACACAAUGGUGAUCUCUCAACCAUCCUCUGCGAAUAUGGUGCCAAUGCCAUCCAACAUGCAGCAGGGUAACCAGGGAGCCGCUGUCAGCACCUUUCCCCAAGACCGACAAAUCAGGUUUUCACAAGCGCAGCAGAUAGUAACCAAACUUGUGACCACACCAGUGGCUUGUGGAGCAGUCAUGGUUCCAAGCACAAUGUUCAUGGGGCCAGUUGUAACUGCGUACUCAACAUUCGCCACACAGCAGCAACAACCACAGACCAUUUCCAUUACCCAGCAGCAACAGAGCCAGCAGGAGCAACCACAGCAGCUGCCAUCUGUGCAACAACAGCAAGCUCAAGCACAACUAGGCCAGCAGCCACAACAAUUCUUACAGGCCUCCAGGCUAGUUCAUGGGAACCAGUCUGCUCAGCUCAUCCUCUCCUCUUUUCCUGUGCAACAAGGCACCUUUGCCCCAUCCCACCAGCAGCAGUUAACGCGGCACAGGACUGACAGCAUGAGUGAUCCUUCUAAAGUCCAACAACUGUAGGAAUGACUUCUGGUGGACAUUAAAAAGAUGCUUUUGAUGGGAGUAUUGAGAUUGGUAUCACUACUAAAGCAGCGCGAUGAAUGUUUGGUACGAGAUGACGGAGUUCAGUCACUGGGAGCUUAUAUGCUUUGUCGUACGGCUCUGCUGUAAUACAGCAUUGGGGUGAUUUUAUUUUAUCCUUUGGUCCUAGAGAUGCUGGCAAACUUCCACCACUCUGUAGAAACACACUAGUGUGUACUGGUGGUUUUUUGUGCUCUGGUUUUAAUAUGAAACUUUAUAACAAUUUUAGAUUUUUAUGUGAUGCCAGUUUUUAGAUUCUUUCACCAAAUGCACACCGGGCUUUAUUAUCAGUACAUGCACAGAUGCGCACAUUUUAUUGCUUGUGGUUACGAAGAUGUAAGUUGCUGUAGAAAAAUCUCAUGAACUUUAGGUAAAUUGUAUGUGCAAGUGUGCCCCACGUUAAAGGGGCUGUCCUUGUUUCGGAAGAAGAGUCCUUUUAUUUUCACUGGCAAUACCAAGCAGAGCCCAUGGAGUGUCAUUAUAAACAUUUCUGAUUGCUGAGACCCUAUUCCUGGCCAUGUGCUAUAAAUUAUUAUCUAUUAACCCUCUUUCAUCAACCCUAGUCUAUUAACCCUUUCACUUUACCCUAGUUCAGGAUGACCAGUCUUGUUUGUUAUUCUGACCAUUCUGUUCAGGAUAUCAGAGGGGUGAUCCUUUUCUGCACCCUGUGCUUUAUACAGAAAGAUCUGUGGUACCCAUCUGACCUGAUAUCUAGUCCACAACACAUAUGCUUGAAAAACUUUACAUGGGUGACCAGUUUGGAUUAGUCCCCAUGUAGAUGUAUGCACACGUUCAAGCUCAGACUUUCUUUUUCUCUAAUGAUCUGGAUAACUCCCAUAGCUCCUUAUUGGCAUUUGUGUUUGUGUUUUUUAUUUGGUGUAUGUUUCAUUGAUGUCAUUGGCUGGGACAUCUACACAAUGGGGCAAGGAUACUCUGCUCACACCCUCUUAGACAGAGUACCAGAGUAGUCUCAAAGUAUUGCAGCUGGUCAUUUUCUGCAAAAUUUACCCAUAGCUUGGGUUGCAAAUGGCUGAUGUCCAGACCGGUGUCUUGCUUUCUAUACUAUUUGUACCCAGUACCUACAUGACAAUUCUAAUACCAAAUCAGGUCUUUACUGUGCAUCUUCAGCAUGCAGUAGUUGUGUUGUAGCUACACAGGAGCAAUAAGACCCGGGCACUUGGGUUAAGAGACCUGUUGUAGGUUAUUCUGACAUUGCUAUUCAGAAUAUCAGUGGUAUGCUCUGUUUCUCCGGCAAGUUGGAGCAAUACUGCCCUCUGCUGGCCACACAGAUUAGACCAUCUAAUGUAUAUGGGGCCUCCCAACUCUCCCCCAGUGGCUGAUGUCAGGGUAGAUAAGAAUUGGUCAUGUUGGGUAUCAGCCAAUCCUUUUGGUUCUUGAGGAAAUAAGCCAAAAUUCUGGCAGUGAUCUUCUUCCCUCUCCCACUCAUGAUACAAACAUGCAUAUGUAUGGGAUGAUCUAUAGAGAGAGAGCUGUUGGCCCAAAGAGUGUAUGUACGGUUAGCUCAAGGCUUUCCCCCAAAUUAUUACAUGUGCCCAAGUGUUUGAGGACAACAGAAUUAGUAGAAACUCAAUCAUGAUAACACUUCAAGCUAACGUCUGUAAUUUUUAAGGUUAUGUGCACAUUUGUAACCUUCUGAGCACUGCAGAUGUGUUUGUGGUCAGAGCAGGAUAGUGUUAUUCACAAAGGAAAUUCCAGAGCUGUAUUACAUAGAGGGCAUCGGCUAGAAAGAAGGAAGGGGGGAAUAAGACCAACUUCUCAGAGAUUGUCCUCUGAGUUCUGAACUUGCAGCUCCACAAGCAGACCGAUCUUAAAAAUAAAAGAACCAAUAAAAGCCAAAACAUACUGCAACUUGAACCGUUCAUAGAUAUAUACGUGU